GGAUUUAUCCUUGCUCUGCUUUUUUUAGUUUUUUUGGGGUGAAAGCUUACAUUUGAGACUAUUCUCUUUUCUGAAUGUAAACAUUUAGUGUAUAAUUUCCCUCUAAGCACUGUUUUAGCUGUGUUCCACAAAUUUUAAUAUAUUGUAUUUUUAUUCUGUUCAAUGUACUUUUUGAUUUCUCUUGAGACCUCUCUUUGACCCAUGGAUUAUUUAGAAGCACGUCAUUUAGUUUGAAUAUAUCCCUGGUAACAUUUUGUUACUGAUUUCUGGUUUGACUCCAUUGUGGUUAAAAAACAUACUCUGUAUGAUUUCAAAUCUUUUAAAUUUGUUAAGGUUUAUGGUCUAUCUUGCUAUAUUUUCUGUGGGUUCUUGAAAAGAAUGUGUAUAGUCCUACUUUUGUAAAAGAAAAAAAUAUGUGCAGUGUUGUAUAAAUGUCAAUUAGAUCCUAUUGGCUGUUGUUAAGUUCUUCUAUACCCUUGCUGGUUUUCUGCCUAGUUGUAGUAUCAGUUGUUGAGAGAUGCUGUAGUCUCCACAUAUAAUUGUGGAUUUGUUAUUUCUAAUUUCAGUUCUGUCACCUUUUGCUUCACAUAUUUUGCAGCUCUGUUGUUUGGUACAUAUACAUUUAAAAUUGCUAUGUCUUCUGGGUUGACACUCUCAUCAUUAUAUAAUGUCCCUCUUUGUCUCUUAAUUUUCUUUGCUCUGAAGUCUACUUUAUCUGAUAAUGAUAUAGCCACUCCUGUUUUCUUUUUUGCUAUUGUUUUAAUGAUAUAUAUUUUCCAUCUUUUUACUUUCAAUAUUUUGAGCAAAAGACUGCCUAAUUUCCUUUGUCUGAAGUUCCUUUUAAUAAAUGAGAUAAAAACUAAAUAAAAAUCUCUAAUUUCUUAAUUGAAGCUUUGUAGUUUAUUAUUUCAAAAAUGUUUCAAAGAUGGUGGUUAAAAUUUAACUUUGGAUCAUAAUAUUUGAGUUCCUAGAAAUACUUUACCUAGAACCAGUCCAACAAAAAAGAAAUUAUUUUUUCAUGAGCAGGAAGAAAUGCAGAGAAAACCUGAAAAACUUUGAGUACAUAAACAUAUGCAUAUAUACCGAGCAGACACAAAGUCUCCCACUAUUUAGUUGGUGACUAAAUAUGAGGGGAAUGAAGGGAAUAUAUCCUUACCUGUUUAUUAACAGUACAGUUAAUGUUUCUCUUUAACUGAAAUCUCUGUACAUUGACAAAUGACCUAUGUGGGAGAACUCUAAAAAAGAUACAUACAACGUGUAAUCAUUGGUAUCUGGUGUUGGAAAUACCCAUUCUUAGAUACAAACUCAAUACAGUUUUAUUGUCUUGCAGUAAUCAGACUUUAUUUUCUUAAGCUUUGACAAAAUGAGUUGCAAUGAAGAGAGGUGCUGCAUUUCUUCUUUGUCCUUGAGAAAACUUUAACUCCUUUCUGUUACUAUUCAAGGACACAAUGCUGAGAGAGCACUGGCUCUUUGGCACAUUUUUGUCCUCUGGCAACAUCUCUUUGUUCCAUUGUAUUUUUGUACUGUACAUGCUGUUCUAGCACAUUAAAUCUAACAGGAAAUUUUAGGUGUAAACUAUGUAUAUACAUAUUGGAGAUAGAACACUUACAUUAUUUUACACUGUAGCAUUCUGUUGCUGGGAAUAUGACUAAAGCUCUAAUCCUUUCUGGUGUUUUCUUGCUACCAAACCCCUUACCCUCCUCCUUCUUUGGUUCCUCUUCUUUCAACUAGACUCUGAACCUUAGGCUUAUGAUUCUCAAGGAUAAGACUAACACUUGAAUCCAGAACUCACUAUAUGUCAGGCACUGUAUCAUGUACCUUAUACUGUCUCAUUUAAUUUUUAUGACAUCAUAAUAAGAAUAUUAUCUCAAAAUAAAGCUAGGAAAAUAUAAUAAUAAAAAGAUGAGAAAAUUGAUUUCAAAGAGGUUAGAUAACUUGUCUGCAUUCACACAGCUACUAAGUUCCAGAGCCUGCACUGGAAUCUAGGCUUGCCUGCUCCCCAACCCACUCUUUUACCAACACAUGAAUUCUGUAUUAUGUGAUCAUUUCAACAACUAGCUGCUAGUUUUAGCCUUUUAGCAGGAUUUUGUGAUUUGGCCACCAUAUUAGUAUUGCUAUCUGCCUGAGGAACACAGCUAAUGUCCCUGUAGCUGUUUCUAGGUUUCACGUCUUUUCUGUAGCUCUUCUCUGCUUUUCCUUUCUGGUUCUAAACUCUGCCAAAAAUCUUUUUCUCUGUCACUUAUGCUAGAUAACUGAGUUCGAGCAUUCUGUGUCCUCUUGCUAGUUUCCAUCUUUUCUCUAUAAUUUUCCCCCAAAUGAUUCUAAUACAGCUUUCAUAUGAUCAUAUGAGAAACUCACAUAUAAAUGCACAUGUUAAAAGACAAUCACCAUUUUGGAGGCAAUUUUUAUUUAUUUAUGUGCAUUGUUUUCCUUGCUAUUUAUUGCUUUCCUUAAAUAGUUAUCAGACUUAAGAUCCUUCCAUUUAUAUACUUACAUAUAACUUUAGGGUUUCCAGACCAAGACCCAAGAUUUCUACCUAAGACUAUAAAAAGUGAAGAAACAUUUCGAAUGCUAAAUUAAUGUUUUAGUCUAUUUAAUGUAAAUAUAAAAAUAUUAUUCAUCAAGUAUUUAUUAAGUAUGUGUCAGGUUCCACACUAGACACCACUUUCUUACCCUUCCACAUCAUUUUUUUUCAGUGAAAGAACAUUUUUUAAAAUUAAAAAUAAGCUUUCUAAAAAUGGGGAGAUGUUGGUCAAAGGAUACAAAGUUUUGGUUAUACAAGAUGAAUAAUUUCUGGAGAUGUAAUGCACAGCAUGGUAACUAUUGUUAAUAAUACUGUUUGCAUAGUUGAAAUUUGUUGAGAGUAAAUCUUAAAUGUUCUCACCAUGCUGGCAGGCAGUAAAUAUAAGAGGGGAUGUAUAUGCUUAUUAGCUUGAUUGCGGUAAUCAUUUCAUAACGUGUUUAUAUAUCAAAACAUCACAUUGUAUGCCUUAAAUAUAUACAAUUUUGUGAAUUAUACCUCAGUAAAGCUGAAAUUUUUUUAAAAAAAGUUUUCUUAAUACAAUAAUAGGCAAAUUCGGCAGUCUGGCACAGUGGCUCUCACCUGUAAUCCCAUCACUUUGAGAGACUGAGGCAGGUAGAUGGCUUGAGCCCUAAUUGUUGUUCAGGACCAGUAUAGGCAACAUGGCGAUCCCUGUCUAUACCCAAAAAAUACAAAAAUUAGCUGGGCUUGGUGGCAUGCACCUGUAGUCCCAGCUACUUGGGAGGCUGAGGUGGGAGAAUUGCUGGACCCCAGGAGGCUGAGGCUGCAGUGAGUCACGAUUGUGACACUGCACUGCAGCCUAGAAGACAGGGCAAGCCACUGUCAAAAAACAAACAAACAAAAACAAAAAAACCAGCAACGAUCAGUUUCAAUACUUUUGUAAAUAUGCUUCCAACUUUUAUCUACAUUUUUGAACUGUUAAACCAAAUUUUUCAGUUAACACUUUAUAAAUUAACAUUCUUUGGCUAGGUGCGGUGGCUCACGCCUGUAACCCCAGCACUUUAGGAGGCCUAGGCGAGCAGAUCACUUGAGACCAGGAGUUUGAGACUAGCCUGGCUAAAACAGCAAAACCCUGUCUCUACUGAAAAUACAAAAAUUAGCCAGGCGUGGUGGUGCACGCCUGUAAUUCCAGCUACUCUGGAGGCUAAGUCAUGAGAAUCCUUUGAACCUGGGAGCUGGAGAUUGCAGUGAGCCGAGAUCACGCCACCGCAUUGCAGCCUGGGCGACAGAAACUGUCUGAAAACAAAACAACACAAAACAACCAUUAUUCUACAUUAAUGGUUGUUAAAGGUUAAUAGUUCAUUUUCUGGGUGUAUGACAGUUUUAAAGACAUAACUUUUAAUACUGGAUUCAGCCUACUGUUGUUAGCUUUUUGCAGUUAUAUAUGAAGACUAUGAUGAACAUCAUUGUAGGUAUUCAUCUUUGCAUAUAUCCUUAGACAUUUCCUUAUAGUCUAAGAACUAGCAUUUCUAGUGGAGUGGGGACAUUUUUCCAGAUGUCCAUUUAAGAAUUAUCAUUCCAUUAGUUAAAAAAUUUGCAGGCUAUAUAUUCAAAGGGGAUCCCUUCUGUUUGGAAUUCAACAUAACCAGUUAGCUCAAACCUCAACUCUUGAAAAAUGUGUCUCCUUUACUCAAUAAACAUUUAGAGAAUACUGAAUAUGAGGAAUAAAAAAAGAUAAAUAAGACCCUGUACUGGGCAGGUAAUCUACUGUAGUAUGCAGAUUCGUUAUCAAACAGACUACAAUGUAUUUAAAUUUUGUAGGCGAUGAAUGCACAAGGCCCUUAAGCUGCAUUGAAGGCUGCCUAAGGCAGUAUACAAAAUCAGUGCUGAAUAUUUGUUAACACUUAAGGAGAAUGUACGUUUUAAUUUUCAUGUUUGAUGCUUGGGGAAAAGAUUACAUCGCACCACCUAUCUUCCCCAUAUAUUGAUUAUUCGUGUUUCUCACUUCCAUGGUAGUGGGCACGUUAUUUGCUUAACUUUGGCAUAUAAAUUCAGAAGAAAUAUCAUUUAACUCUGUGCCUAAGGAGGGUAUUUAGAAAUAACCGACGCAGCUAAUAUGAGAAGGCAAAAAAGAAAAAAAAGAAAAAAAAGAAAAAAUUAAAAAUCACACUAACGGACUUUUUUUUUUUUUCUAACAACAAAAAACCGUGAGACUUCACUUGGGGUAACCAAAACGUCGUCAAGGCUGUGGCGUCACGCCUCUAAGCGGAUACGGCAGAAGUUUUGGGGCCAGACACAAGACUUCCAAGUUUGAAUGGGCAGCGCAAAACCCAGGCAAGUUUUCCGGUAGUGCCGCCGACCCGUCAGGCACAGAAGACACAGCGAGAACCGUCAGCCGUUACGAAAGCCUAAAACACUGAGCUCGCGUCCUGCCAAGCAGCAGGCGCACAAACCUACGUCUCCGAGCUCUCCCUGGAGGUCCCGCCCACUCUUCUCUCCCGAGCCGGCUAGAGGUCUGGAAGAGGGCGGGCCAAGGGUGAGGAGAGCAGUAUGCGCAUGCGCGCUCAGGACGCAGUCAGUGAGCCAAUAAGGAAUCUCGCGAGUGUUGAAAGUCGGUGGCGUAGGUAGUCGUCCUGGAUGCUGGCGAGAUAGAUGAUAUCUCCCAGAGGAAGAGGAGGAGGCGGCGAAGCGUUUUCCCAUCCUCAGUCUCUCUUUCGUUUUCCUUUUCCCUUCCCCCAACCCUCCGCCCUUCUCUAAAUCAGCCGGCCUUCCAUGACCUCAGUGACCCGUCUGGCCCCGCCCACCCUCGUCGACGUGAUUCCCGCCGUGAGGUAAGCGCCGGUGGAACCUAGAGCCCCGCGGAAGAGCAGAACGUUUGGGAGUGUGCAGCUCCUGGGCCCGGCUCAGGCCCGUCGCGGAGGCGCGGCGCAGGGGAGCGCUCGGGUGGGAGUCUCGCUCCUCCACCAGUUUAUUGCGACGUAGCAUCCAGGCCUAGGCCUCCCCGUCCAUCCCCGCCGGACUCGGGCCUCUGGCAGCAGCGGGUGACGCAGACGGAACAUCAUGUCGUCCGCGGCCGAGCCUCCGCCACCCCCGCCUCCCGAGAGCGCGCCUUCCAAGCCCGCAGCCUCGAUCGCCAGCGGCGGGAGCAACAGCAGCAACAAAGGCGGCCCCGAGGGCGUCGCGGCGCAGGCGGUUGCGUCUGCGGCCAGCGCGGGUCCCGCAGACGCCGAGAUGGAGGAAAUAUUUGAUGAUGCGUCACCUGGAAAGCAAAAGGAAAUCCAAGAACCAGAUCCUACCUAUGAAGAAAAAAUGCAAACUGACCGGGCAAAUAGAUUCGAGUAUUUAUUAAAGCAGACAGAACUUUUUGCACAUUUCAUUCAACCUGCUGCUCAGAAGACUCCAACUUCACCUUUGAAGAUGAAACCAGGGCGCCCACGAAUAAAAAAAGAUGAGAAGCAGAACUUACUAUCCGUUGGCGAUUACCGACACCGUAGAACAGAGCAAGAGGAGGAUGAAGAGCUAUUAACAGAAAGCUCCAAAGCAACCAAUGUUUGCACUCGAUUUGAAGACUCUCCAUCGUAUGUAAAAUGGGGUAAACUGAGAGAUUAUCAGGUCCGAGGAUUAAACUGGCUCAUUUCUUUGUAUGAGAAUGGCAUCAAUGGUAUCCUUGCAGAUGAAAUGGGCCUAGGAAAGACUCUUCAAACAAUUUCUCUUCUUGGGUACAUGAAACAUUAUAGAAACAUUCCUGGUCCUCAUAUGGUUUUGGUUCCUAAGUCUACAUUACACAACUGGAUGAGUGAAUUCAAGAGAUGGGUACCAACACUUAGAUCUGUUUGUUUGAUAGGAGAUAAAGAACAAAGAGCUGCUUUUGUCAGAGACGUUUUAUUACCGGGAGAAUGGGAUGUAUGUGUAACAUCUUAUGAAAUGCUUAUUAAAGAGAAGUCUGUGUUCAAAAAAUUUAAUUGGAGAUACUUAGUAAUAGAUGAAGCUCACAGGAUCAAAAAUGAAAAAUCUAAGUUGUCAGAAAUAGUGAGGGAAUUCAAGACUACAAAUAGACUAUUAUUAACUGGAACACCUCUUCAGAACAACUUGCAUGAGCUGUGGUCACUUCUUAACUUUCUGUUGCCAGAUGUGUUUAAUUCAGCAGAUGACUUUGAUUCCUGGUUUGAUACAAACAACUGCCUUGGGGAUCAAAAACUAGUUGAGAGGCUUCAUAUGGUUUUGCGUCCAUUCCUCCUUCGUCGAAUUAAGGCUGAUGUUGAAAAGAGUUUGCCUCCAAAGAAGGAAGUAAAAAUCUAUGUGGGUCUCAGCAAAAUGCAAAGGGAAUGGUAUACUCGGAUAUUAAUGAAGGAUAUAGAUAUACUCAACUCAGCAGGCAAGAUGGACAAAAUGAGGUUAUUGAACAUCCUAAUGCAGUUGAGAAAAUGUUGUAAUCAUCCGUAUCUCUUUGAUGGAGCAGAACCUGGUCCACCUUAUACAACAGAUAUGCAUCUAGUAACCAACAGUGGCAAAAUGGUGGUUUUAGACAAGCUGCUCCCUAAGUUAAAAGAACAAGGUUCACGAGUACUAAUCUUCAGUCAAAUGACAAGGGUAUUGGACAUUUUGGAAGAUUAUUGCAUGUGGAGAAAUUAUGAGUACUGCAGGUUGGAUGGUCAGACGCCCCAUGAUGAGAGACAAGACUCCAUCAAUGCAUACAAUGAACCAAACAGCACAAAGUUUGUUUUCAUGUUAAGCACGCGUGCUGGUGGUCUUGGCAUCAAUCUUGCGACUGCUGAUGUAGUAAUUUUGUAUGAUUCUGAUUGGAAUCCCCAAGUAGAUCUUCAGGCUAUGGACCGAGCACAUAGAAUUGGGCAGACCAAGACAGUCAGAGUGUUCCGCUUUAUAACUGAUAACACUGUAGAAGAAAGAAUAGUAGAACGUGCUGAGAUGAAACUCAGACUGGAUUCAAUAGUCAUUCAACAAGGGAGGCUUGUGGAUCAGAAUCUGAACAAAAUUGGGAAAGAUGAAAUGCUUCAAAUGAUUAGACAUGGAGCAACACAUGUGUUUGCUUCAAAGGAAAGUGAGAUCACUGAUGAAGAUAUCGAUGGUAUUUUGGAAAGAGGUGCAAAGAAGACUGCAGAGAUGAAUGAAAAGCUCUCCAAGAUGGGCGAAAGUUCACUUAGAAACUUUACAAUGGAUACAGAGUCAAGUGUUUAUAACUUCGAAGGAGAAGACUAUAGAGAAAAACAAAAGAUUGCAUUCACAGAGUGGAUUGAACCACCUAAACGAGAAAGAAAAGCCAACUAUGCCGUUGAUGCAUAUUUCAGGGAAGCUCUUCGUGUUAGUGAACCUAAAGCACCCAAGGCUCCUCGACCUCCAAAACAACCCAAUGUUCAGGAUUUCCAGUUCUUUCCUCCACGUUUAUUUGAAUUACUGGAAAAAGAAAUUCUGUUUUACAGAAAAACUAUUGGGUACAAGGUACCUCGAAAUCCUGAGCUGCCUAACGCAGCACAGGCACAAAAAGAAGAACAGCUUAAAAUUGAUGAAGCUGAAUCCCUUAAUGAUGAAGAGUUAGAGGAAAAAGAGAAGCUUCUAACACAGGGAUUUACCAAUUGGAAUAAGAGAGAUUUUAACCAGUUUAUCAAAGCUAAUGAGAAGUGGGGUCGUGAUGAUAUUGAAAAUAUAGCAAGAGAAGUAGAAGGCAAAACUCCAGAAGAAGUCAUUGAAUAUUCAGCUGUGUUUUGGGAAAGGUGCAACGAGCUCCAGGACAUAGAGAAGAUUAUGGCUCAGAUUGAAAGGGGAGAGGCGAGAAUUCAAAGAAGAAUAAGCAUCAAGAAAGCACUUGACACAAAGAUUGGACGGUACAAAGCACCUUUUCAUCAGCUGAGGAUAUCAUAUGGUACUAACAAAGGAAAAAACUAUACUGAAGAAGAAGAUCGUUUUCUGAUUUGUAUGCUUCACAAACUUGGAUUUGACAAAGAAAAUGUUUAUGAUGAAUUGCGACAGUGUAUUCGCAACUCUCCUCAGUUCAGAUUUGACUGGUUUCUUAAGUCCAGAACUGCAAUGGAGCUCCAGAGGAGAUGUAAUACCUUAAUUACUUUGAUCGAAAGAGAAAACAUGGAACUAGAAGAAAAGGAGAAGGCAGAGAAAAAGAAACGAGGACCAAAGCCUUCAACACAGAAACGUAAAAUGGAUGGCGCACCUGAUGGUCGAGGAAGAAAAAAGAAGCUGAAACUAUGAAUAUGUUUUUGUUUCAUAAUCACUAACUUUAAACCAGUAGUUCUUUAAUUUACGGGUCUUCAUAAGAUGUACUGUACAAUGCUCAAUUGUUAUGUCAUUUAAAGACAUCAGGUUCAUCUGUUUACUGAGCUAGAAACAUAGUAUGUAGUUUCACUUUUUUAAAUGCAACAGCUGUGCUGAAAUUUUUUUAUCAUUAACACUUGAAGUAAUAAAAUAGGCUUCAUUUAUUA